CGUAUCAGUUUUGGAUUCCGUAUCCAGAAAUCAAGGAUCCAAAUCGGACGGGCAGGAUGUUGCACAGCAGCUAUAACCGGGCACCGCGACGUCAGCUAAUCCCGAAUCUAUUUAGCAACAUCCUGCAGGUGAUUGCCGAUGCUGAUCAUCCCCUGACCGAACACGAGAUCAUGGAGGCCGUCGCCGAUCGAUUGGAUCGCAACGAUGAGGAGCUAAAACGCCAGAUCAUAGUUAGCCUCAACGAUGCCCUAAUCUAUGGCUAUUUGCGAGUGAAGAACUAUCGUUACUCUAUAGUCCCCAGUCGCCUGGACCCCAACGAUUAUCCCAAUCAACCGGAUCAGCACGAAGCUAGCUCAUCGAUCGCCACCACCACUGCACAACAUCAUCAUCACCAUCAUCAUCGGAUGCAGGAAAGGAUCUCGAGUGGAACUAACACGGCCAUAGAGGAUCACAGUCGUCAUCGGAAUCAAGAAGGCUCAACCAUCAAUGCUCAGACUGACAAAAGGGUAACUACUACUGAGCCGGAAAGGCAAACAAAUUGAUCAAAGAAAGGGGUCCAAAAGUAUUUUAAUAAAUGAAAAUUUUAAUCUAUA